UCCCGUCUCGGUUCCCAGGUGCCACAUCUCUUGAUUCCUCCCUAGGUGCUGCCUCCACUGAAGACCUCAGCAUGCCUCCCAAGAAGCCUGAGCCUAAGAAGGAGGCGGCCAAGGCGGCCCCAGCCCCUGCCCCGGCCCCCGAGCCCCCCAAGGAACCUGCCUUUGACCCCAAGAGUGUAAAGAUAGACUUCACUGCUGACCAGAUCGAAGAGUUCAAAGAGGCCUUCUCGCUGUUUGACCGGACCCCGACCGGGGAGAUGAAGAUCGCCUACGCGCAGUGCGGGGACGUGCUGCGGGCCCUGGGCCAGAACCCCACCAACGCCGAGGUGCUGCGCGUGCUGGGCAAGCCCAAGCCCGAAGAGAUGAAUGCCAAGAUGCUGGACUUUGAGACGUUCCUGCCCAUCCUGCAGCACAUCUCCCGCAACAAGGAGCAGGGCACCUACGAGGACUUUGUGGAGGGGCUGCGCGUGUUCGACAAGGAGAGCAACGGCACGGUCAUGGGCGCCGAGCUCCGCCACGUCCUUGCCACCCUGGGAGAGAAGAUGACUGAGGCGGAAGUGGAGCAGCUGUUAGCUGGGCAGGAGGAUGCCAAUGGCUGCAUCAAUUACGAAGCCUUUGUCAAGCACAUCAUGUCUGGGUGAAGCAGCCCCUCCAGGGUGCCUGGCCCUUGGACCUAGCCCUCCCAGGGUGAGUUUGUGAGAGGCCCUGAGGGACUGAGCUGGGGAGGAGUCCUGGACUCGUCACUGCACACAGGAGGACCUCCUGGGCCCACAGCCCUCCCUGCAAAUAAACACUCCAGCAAGGCUGGGCCGCGUUCCCUGA